GAUAUAUAAGAACCCUAGAUAUAGAGCAGAUAGGUCACCACUCAGAGAACAACCUAUCGACAUGGCAACCUUUAGUUGCCCCAUACAUUUCAUUCUGCUCUCAACCAUUUUUCUCCUCCUACUUCUCUACCACUCUCCAUUAUACAAAAACAAUCGAACUAUAAUUUCCCCUCCUUUAACCCCAAUAUCUAACCAACACAUAUCUAACAGCAACACCACUCAAGUUCUUCCACAAGUUGGAUCUCCUUUAACUUCUACCAAUAUUGCUCUAAACAAUAGCAUUGUUAGCCACACAAAAAAGAAGAGUAGCAUAGAGAGAAUAGAAGCAGAUUUAGUAAAUGCGAGGGUGGCUAUACAAGAAGCAAUUCGAAGAAAGAACUAUACAUUAACUGAGAAGGAGGAUACUUUCAUUCCCAGAGGAUCCAUGUACAGAAAUGCAUACGCAUUUCAUCAGAGUUAUUCAGAGAUGGUAAAGACAUUCAAGAUAUGGGUCUACAGAGAAGGAGAAACGCCCAUGGUUCACAAAGGGCCCAUGAAACAUAUCUAUUCAAUUGAGGGCCAGUUCAUCGAUGAAAUGGAGAGUGGGAAGAGCCCAUUUUUAGCUCGCAAUCAUGAUGAGGCCCAUGCAUUUUUUCUACCAAUCAGCGUGGCCUACAUUGUUGAGUUCGUUUACUUGCCUAUCACCACCUAUCAUCGUGAAAGACUAGUAAGAAUCUUCAAGGACUAUGUCACAGUCGUAGCAAAUAAAUAUCCUUAUUGGAACAGAAGCAGAGGUGGUGACCAUUUUAUGGUUUCUUGCCAUGAUUGGGCACCACAGGUCUCGAGAGAUGACCCAGAACUAUACAAAAAUCUGAUAAGAGUAAUGUGUAAUGCCAACACUUCUGAAGGAUUCCGACCAAGAAGAGAUGCUACAUUGCCGGAGCUGAACUGCCCCCCCUUAAAACUCACUCCAGCAUGCAGUGGCUUAGCUCCCCACGAACGCAAGAUCUUCGCAUUUUUUGCAGGUGGUGAGCACGGAGACAUUCGCAAAAUCUUGCUUAAACAUUGGAAGGAAAAGGAUGAUGAGAUCCAAGUUCAUGAAUACUUACCAAAGGAUCAAAAUUACACGGAAUUAAUGGGGCAAAGCAAGUUUUGUUUGUGCCCUAGCGGUUUUGAAGUGGCUAGUCCUAGAGUGGCGGAGUCAAUUUAUUCAGGAUGUGUCCCGGUUAUUAUUUCUGACCAUUAUAAUUUACCCUUCAGUGAUGUUCUUGACUGGAGCCAGUUUUCGGUACAAAUUCCAGUGGAGAAAAUUCCUGAAAUUAAGACAAUUUUGAGAGGAAUUUCGUAUGAUGAGUACCUGAAGAUGCAGAAGAGGGUGAUGAAAGUGCAAAGGCAUUUUGUGCUUAACCGACCGGCUAAGCCAUAUGAUGUUCUUCAUAUGGUGCUUCACUCAGUGUGGCUUAGGAGGCUCAACAUUAGGGUGCCUCAUUGAUUUUAGUAAGUACAAUUAUACAAUUUUUCAUGAUCAUGAAACACAUCAUACUUAGGAAUAGUACAUUUGAUUGUCCUC